AAAGAUAUGAGGAUAAGCUCACUCGCAUUCCCAUCUUCUCCCACGCCUUACCUGCUCCUGGCAGAACUUGUCCUCUGCGGACCGAUCACAAACAUCACACCCCCGCGGGGAGAGGCAUCCAGCGACCGGUCACCGAGGACCUGAGCCGACACUUCCGACGUUCGCUUAGGUGGGGGAGAUAUUCUCGGCCAGGGCGUCGUGCCUGACCGCCGCCAAGAAUCGGGCAGUGUGGAGCCGCGUUGCUCAGCUUAUGGUUCACAGCAGCCACCCGUCCCCCCACAAACCCCACAUCUCCUUUCUUUCCCUCUUAACCUCAUCUCUGAUUCUAAUCAUUCAUCACCCUCUGCUUCCGGAUCGAGGCAACGCCCGCUUCCAAUCAUGCUCUCUGGGCGAUCCUCGCCAGUGUUGGGGCAACUCAACCUGCACCCGCAUAACAGCUCAGCUGCCAAGAGACGAGGCAACCCUGGCAUGUCUUCUGCCGCACGCAGGCAGAGCUUGACUUCUAGUGAGGCCAUGCUCGGCGCCGACGGCGAGCUGCACGAUCCGGGCUACCACGACUCGCUCAGGACACUGCGAGCGCAGAUCGAGGCAGGCUCUUCUGCCAACUCCUCUUCUUCCUCACUGCAAAGGAGAGCUACAAUAAAUUCUGUCAAAUCUAGGCGGAGUAGUCUCGCCAACAGUCACGUACCCAACUUCUUGACGGAAUCGCGGAACGGCUCUCAAGGCCAGGUACAGGGACUGGCGGACCAGGACGAUAGCUCUUCAGAAGAAGAGCUGGACGAAGAUGACAGCUCAAUCUUGAACGAGCACAGGCGCAAGAACUCCUCCAGCGGAAUUUCUUCGCCCUUCCUCUCCUCAUCAACUUUCGCUACUUCAUCGGCAUUUACCUCUCCACAUUCUGCCGGGACCCCCAGACGCCGCGCUUUGACCUCGAGCUCGGCUAGUUCAAACAAUCAAAAGGACCGCAAACAGAGUGGCUCUGCUGCUUCAUCGCUGCGCAAAGGCUCUGUAGGCGAAACCGAGGAGCUCGUCUACGAGGCGCCUCCGCUUCCCGCUUCCAAUGUAAAGAGACAGGGAAGCUCUCUGCGGUCUUCCUUCAGUGCGGUGUCCAUCUCCCGCGAUCGAUCGGGGUCGGCUCAGCAGCCUUCGUCCGACAGAGGGGUCCAGGAUUGGCAGGGCGGUUUCACAAGCCUGGUGGAUCUGCAGCGGACUGCUUCGAGGGAAGGGGGAUCCUCAACGGAGGGAGAGCCUGCGCGGUCUCACAGUAUAGCUGAGCCUGCCGGUCCUUGGAGAAGACCAUCGCAUUCAAGUCUAAGGGGAAGCGUAGAGUCUUCCAAUAAUCUCCUAUCCGGAGAUCUCAGGCGCUCGAGUGGUACAAAGGCGAGGAGCAGCUCAGACGGCUCCACCAGAGGUCACGGAGGCAAGCGAGUGUCGGACAUUGCAGCCUCGACUGGUGUGGCCUUGCGACAGAACAGGAGUGAAAGCGACCCCACGCGCUCCCAUGUUGGCUCGCGCGAACGCUCCCGGAGUGAAGCAGAUAGCAUGUCCUUCUUUGCUGCGGGUUACAGACCUGUCGCAGCAACGGCCAAGUCGGCGAAUGGCCAUGGCGAGGGAGCAGAAGAGAGCCACAGCAGCUCCGCUCGUCUAUGGGCAUCUUCGGGUCAACACCAUCGAGGAAGCUUCGCUAGUAACGAUCCUCUUGCGCGAGUAGAAGAACGUGAGGGCUCUCCGGAUGUGCCAUUCGCAAUCCAGUCAGCGGUAGCAACGCAAAGGCUCCAGAGCGCUGCCUUGGGCAAAGUCGAUGACGAAGCGACUCGACAAGAACGCAUCGAGCGCGAGAAGUCGCCACGAUUGCCCUUCCUUGGUCGUAGGCCGUCACCAGUAGCCAUCGUCGUUGACCAGCCAGGCAUCUCAGGAGUGGAAGAAGAGCCACUACGCUCCAAUCUCUUGCCUCUGCCUUGGAUCAGCUCUCGAGGCGCCAAUGGUCUUCUCGAAUCUUCCGACGAGGAGAUCUCCUUCAACUCGGUGGCUGCACCAUCUCCCUUUUCAACCAUCUCCAUUCCACGUCCAGGCAUCGGCGUCAAGUCUCCAUCUUCGAACUCGGGUCGCUCCGAUGCUGUUCCUCUGAGCGAAGGAGUGCGGAGGAAGAUGCAGAGGCUGGGAUUGGGAAUGCGCUUCAAGGCUUUACAGGCGGAGAAGAGGAUCAAGAAGACCUUUAGUAACGGCUCUGAGGGGAAGCAGGAGGGGAGCGAGGUGUGAUGUAGAGGGUCAGGUGCGGGAACUUCAGAAGCGGUGGGAAAAGAAAUAAAUGGGCAGGGAGUCAGUCAGCAUUGAAAGUCAGAGCCCAUGGUCAUUGUAUGUAAGCCCAAGUAUGUAUAUUAUUCGCAAGUCAUUCUGCAUAUAGCGUCUCAUAGAUGUAAAUAGCAUUCCAUGAAGCUCCCUCCCUUUGU